GCUCUCAGAUAUCAAGUCACGUGAUAACAACACUGCUGCAGUUUUGCCGCGAAACUAAACUGGGUCUGCAGAGUGAGACGGAUGUUUCUCUCUGUUCACUAAAGGUUAUUUCUGGAAUUAAAAGUGACUUUCUCUGAAGGUUUGUACGCAGAGUGUUGGUGAGUGUUGUCAGGAUGUUCUGUGAGAAAUCUAUCGAGUUAAUCAGAGAGCUUCACCGGAUGAGUGACGGUCAGCUGCCCGCUUUUAACGUGAGUAUACCUCGCUGUUAUCUGGAGACUUUACCUGUAAUUUCAGCAAACACCCUCACCUUUUUAUUUUUCAUUAUUUCAUGAGCAUAACUUGCCAAAACCGUGACUGGAUAGUCUUGAUCUUCAGGCUCUCAGGCAGCACUGAGGAUUUUGAGAAUCAUUGAUACAGUGUCCUCCACAGUACAAUAACGUCAUUUAGUUUCAACAUCUGUUAAGUUGUCUUUGCACUAUUUAAAUUAAGUCCAGGGUUUAAAUAAAUUCCAAAUCAUCAGAUUCUGUGAAAUCGUAAUUUUCUGUCAGUGUCCCACCUCUUUUUGGAGUAUUUGAGAAUAUAGUAAGGUUGAUGUGUCUGUGUGUGUGUGUGUUUUGUUUUAGGAGGAUGGACUCAGGCAGGUUUUGCAGGAGAUGGAGGCUCUUUAUGAACAGAACCAGACUGAUGUGUGAGUCCUGACACAGAUUAUUAGAAUUUAAAUAAGGAUGUAAACUCUGCCUCACACAGCUAAGUUUUGAAGAAUGAUUGCAAAUUUCUGUAUUUUUUUCUCAGUAUCUUUGUGUGGUGAUUUAUUUUAUUCUAUUCUAGUAAAUAUCUUUGCUUUAAAUUCCUGGAUAGGAAAAAAGUUUUCCUGUUGGUGCUAAAAGAGGAAAAAAAACAGACUUAAGUUGACACUGAGAGCAGAUUUUAAACAUUUGAAUAAAUCUGUUUCACCUGGGUUUGAGUGGAGAUGCUUGUAGAGUUCCCUUACAUUUGAUUUCUGUGGCAGAAACAUGAAAAAACAGGCAGAUGAUCAGUUGAUGUGUUUGUCUGUAUAUCACAGUAACGCGGCAAAAGCUGAGGGUCGGGCUGAUUUGAUCCCCUCCAUCAAACUGCGUCACUGCUGCCUGCUGAGGAACCAGCGCUGCAUCACCGCCUACCUGUACCUACCUGACACACACACACACACACACACACACACACACACACACACACACACACACACACACACACACACACACACACACACAGGCACACUCACACCUGUAGAUCAUGUGACCUCUCAGUCAGUGGUGUACUGAAGCUGAUACCUGUCCAUUCUCUGUCAGGUACGACCGCCUGCUGAGAAUCCGAGCUCUGCGGUGGGAGUAUGGCAGCGUUCUGCCACCGAAUGUUCGAUUUCACAUGUGUGCAGAGGAGGUGAGUGUGACGCCACUUUCAAUGUGUGACCAUGUCAUAGCAGAGCUGUUUACCUGUGGAUGUGUGUGUGGUGUGUCAGGUGCAGUGGUUUGGUAAUUAUAAGAAGUCUCUGGCCUCCUUCAUGCGCUCUCUUGGAGGAGGGGAGGGUCUGGACAUAACUCAGGAUAUGAAGCCUCCAAAGAGCCUUUACAUCGAGGUUAGUCUGCUUAUUUUAAAGCUUUACUGUUUUAAUUUUUCUUUUGAAUUAUUCCAGCGCAGUGAUCUCUCAGGGUUCAGGAUGUGAACUCAAGGCAAAGGUGUAAAAACAGACUCAACUGUGAGGUGCUCUGAGUCUGCCUUCAGUUUCUGGGAUCGUCGUUUCAUGAGUUCUGUUGUUGAGCAGUUUUUAAAGUUGACUGUUUGUGCACAGAGUCAGUGAUUUCAGCUGUAAAUCUGAACCUCCAGUUUUUUAAAUCUGCCGGAGCUUAAAGCUGAUCAAAGUGUCCAAACUGUUAGAAAAAGUGACACUAAAUGAGUAACAGUUGGUGUGAAAUAUUACAGUGAAAUGUUAAGUUUAGCUUAAUCUUACUUAUAUUUACUGAGCUGUUUUCAAGGUUUUUUUUUGACAGAAAUUACAUUCUCUUGGUAAUAUGGAUUUUUUUUGGCAAUUAAUGAAAUGCUUUUGAGUUCAAGGUUCUUUUUUGUGUGUUUUGAGAUAUUUAUUGAUUUUCAUACUAUCGUGCCAUUAUGCUGUGUGUGUUUUCCAGGUGAGGUGUUUGAAGGACCACGGAGAGUUUGAGAUUGAUGAUGGGACGGUGAUCCUGCUUAAGAAGAACAGUCAGGUCAGAUUAGAAAGAUGCUUUUAUUUUGAAAUCUUCACACAUCUAUUAAAUCUUACUGAAUUUGUGUGAUUUUCAGUCUUUAGACUCUGGCGCUGCACUUUAAAAAUCCUCUGCCUGUUUAUUUAAUGAAAACUGAAGUUAUUCUGAUAACUGCUUUUUAUCUUUUUGAAGAAUAUAAAUCCCGUUGAUAAUAAAAUGAAGCAAAGACUAGACUGACCAGCCGUCUGGAAAAAAAAUCACCAUUUCAUUGAUGAACAGGUGCUCUGGAACUAAAUUGUAUCUCUUUGGUUGUGUGUCUGUUCACAGCACUUCCUGCCGCGUUGGAAAUGUGAGCAGCUGAUUCGUCAGGGUGUCCUGGAGCACGUCAUGUCCUGAAGUCACAGCAUCUGAAAUAAUCUGAUUUAAAGUGCAUACUGUGAGGUGGCCUGAUUCCCACUAUCCCUGAACAUUAACAUGUAUAAAAUUAAAGAUGUCUUUUUCUAAAUAU